UGACAUAGAAGGGACGCCUUGUAACAGCUCAGAACCAUGAUUAUCGCCCGAAUGUCUGACCUUGGCUUUACGAUACAUGGUUCGAAGGUAUAAAAUCCGCGACUCUCUGACACCUCGUGUCAAUUCCUCUCAAUUACAACCAUGCAGCUCUCACUCGUUUUCACCACACUCCUUUCCUUUGUCGCUAUCGCUGCAGCAUAUCCCACACCACAUGGGAUGAAAAGUUCUUCUUUGGCUAAGCGCGAGCGGCUUGACUCUAACCUCGUUGGCUUUGUGGACACUAGAUCCUACAACGACAUUAGUCAGCCUAGCCAGCCCAGCAUCCCUGCUAGUGAUAGCGAAGUUGCUUACCUGAAUACUCGGGCCCCCAACGACACUAGUCACCCUAGCACUUCUAACAGUUCUCACAACGACACUAGUCACACCAGUACUUCCAAUACUUCUAACAACGACACUAGUCACACCAGUACUUCCAACACUUCUAACAACGACACUAGUCACACUAGUACUUCCAACACCUCUAAUAACGACACCAGUCACACCAGCACCUCUACCAAUGACACUAGUCACACCAGCACUUCUAACAAUGACACUAGUCACACCAGCAACGAUGCUAAUAGCGACAUUGGCCACUUGGACACUCGGGCCCCCGGUGAUGACACUAGUCACACCAGCAACGAUGCUAACGAUGACGAUAGUCAUUCCAGCAACUCUGCUAGUAGCGAUUUUAGCUCCUUGAACGCUAGGGCCCCCGGCGACGACACUAGUCACUCCAGCAACUCUGCUAGUAGUGACGUUGACCGCCUGAACGCUCGGGCCCCCGACGACGUCAGUCACCCCAGCAACACUUCUAACAGUUCUGAAGACGACACCAGUCACACAAGUAACACUUCUGAUAGCAACGGUGAUACGAGUGACGGUGAUUAGUGGUUGUGAGGAUGUCGGAUCGCGAAGCGCGAGGAGUAACCAUGUAUCCAAGAGAGAAUAACAGAGGCUAGUGGCUCUUGAGAGAUGAUCCAACGCGGUCAGCAUCAUGAUACAUUCGUCAUACAUAUCUAUUUAUAUCCAUAAACAUUCUUGAUACCCGUUUCCGCGCACGCCAUCCCUUCGUUCUCCCUCUCAAUGUUCUAUUAAUCCUCUCAGUACGAUAUUGUUUCCACCCAGUCUUUCGAACUGAGACUGAGGUGAGCAUGCUUACUACCACGUCUGCAUACACGUACCCGACAAUACGUGAUCCCUUCGUUUCCACUGAUGCGGUUGUAGUAAUUUAGUUUUUCAAACAAAGACCAAGUUCUUCCGCGCCAGAUUUCAAUGGAGACGCCCGCUGAUCGCACACCAAUUAUACCACGCAUUGGUU